UCUCUCUCUCUCUCUCUCUCUCUCUCUCUCUCUCUAUUCACUCAUGCACUCAUGACAAUCACAAAAGAUUCUCGAAGGGCAAAUGACUUGAUCAAAAUCAAUUUUGUCUAAAGUGUUGGCCGAAAUGGUAUCGAGAUCAUCUUUAUUUUUCCACGUGAAGUUAAAUUAUUUUUUUACACAAACAUUCUUCUGGAUUAUUCAGGGCAAUUUUUUGCAUGAAAGCGUAGGCAAAUAUGAGACAGUAAACAUGCCUCAUGGCUGGAGGCAAGAACAACAGCAAACAAAAUGGAAAUUUAGACGAAACGUCUCAGUGGCUGUGCCACAAUAAUCUUGAUUCCUCUGGAACGCUUGAGUUUUCUCCAAGUUAUGAAUUCAAAAAACGGAACAGUGCGGAACAAUAUCGCACUAUUGUCAAAAAUAUCAACCAAUUACAAAAUAGUAUUCUGAGAAUAUUUACGGAUUCCUUGCAUUGUGAUCUUAAUAUAAUACAUGGUUAUAAAAUAAUACGUAUAAACGAGUGCAUUGUUAGAACAAGAUCGCCACAUUUGUACAAAGUCCUCAAACCUUAUUUUAUUUAUAUUAACAAAAUAGUCCAUUGCAUUCUUGACAAAGCUGGGCUUUUCCAUCAGAUUGCAAAUUUUGUGAGGCUUCUGUACAGUAAUUUGGACUUAUCUCGAGAAGAGCAAUUGUUGGUGAAAAUAAUUCUGAAUACAAAUUGUAAAUGUUAUUUUUUAAAUAAAUUUGAUACCAAUAUAUCUCAAGUCGAUGGCAGGAUAUGUGAAUAUAGGAAAUGUCUGACAUUGAGCUGUGACACGCAACAUCAUCUACAAGACGUAAAAGAUUAUGCUGUAACGAAUGCUAGUCCUGCUGCAUCAGAAAUGGCUGAUUCUGGCUUGGAAACAGGUUCAAUAAGCCCACAUGAUAAUACCACAUCAGAGAAUUCAAGCACAGAUUUGGAGGUGACGCAAACAGCAGAGUAUACUUCUACUAAUGAUGAUGAUUCAGAUCGAAUACGUGCCGAGCGGAUACGCAAAAGGAGCGAUCAUAAGAUGCUCUUGUGUGAUGAACAUUGCGAGUCGCUCAACAAUAGCAAUUACCAUGAAAAGAGUGCGACACAAUCCGGAACGAAUGAUCGUAGCACAACAUAUUCAUCAAUGGAAAUGGAAUAUCAGCUCACGAGUACGUCAGACAACGCUCAGGAAACAAAGUCAAAUGUCGAAGAGAUCUUACAAUACGAAAAUCGUAUGUUAAAUGAGCCAUUUUACGAAUCAGAUUGUGGCAGCGAUGAAAAUGAAUCUUUUGAAUUUAUCGAGCCCAUUCCUUCGGCAAGUAAUGAUCACAAGGAAAUCUCUUCGACAAGUAAAUUAGAAUGGAAAACACAAUCUGAUACCCAAGAAUUGAAAAGCGUAACGGCUGAAAGAGAGUCCGAGCAUUUUCGUUCUGCUAACGCGACUAAUCACAAUAGUUCUUCCACAAGUGGAUAUUAUUUCAUCGAUGCCUCUACCUUGAAUGAUGAAGUAGACAUUGUGUCUACGAAUGUAAGAAAUCAAUAUGGCAAUGAUAGUACGUCGCUAUCGUAUUUGACAUUUUCGUCAAAUUAUGCGGAUUAUACUACAAACAAAUCAAAUAAUAUCGCGGAAGAACCAUCGUACAAAUUUACACCAUUUAAGACGACACCACUACAAACCGGCCAUAAACGAGUGGCAGAGUUUGAAAAAGAAUUGAAACUUACCGAAUAUUUGCAACCAUUUUCAGAAUCACAUAAAAUAAAACGGGUAGAUUCUACAUUGGAAGGAAAGAUCGCGAGCAAACCAACGGAGAAGGAAUCGUUGAUCGUAGAGAUAAAAGAGGCGGAUAGUGGGGAGAGUGCGCAUCCUUCUCCGUGUCCUGACAACAAUACGAAAUUGAGCAACAACCGAAAUGAGAAAACAGAAAUAUUGGACAACAUCGAGGCAUCAAGAAAUGAAAACGAGAAAGAUACAAGUUCAAAUGAGGACAGACGACCUUCGCUCAUCAGAAGAAAUACGUUCGAGCUUGAUUCUAACGAUGAGAAAUUAUCCGUUUUAAGACAAGAAUAUGAACGUCGACAAGGUAGCCUCGUCUUUCAAAGCGCCAUUCCGCAAUACUCCGGACAUCGCGUGGACGGAGACUCUAUUUACCAUGCACUAUCCGAUUCUGUAGUUCCUUCAAUUACCGAACCGUCGAUCACCUUUACACCUGACGUUCAGAUUAAUACUCAACAUCCGGUGUCGUACUUAUUAGACAGUCCUGAAUACAAAAUUAAUCAAACGCAAACGCAAAACAACCAUCUACGAACCAAUCUUGAUAAAUCUUGCGCGGUUUAUCCGGUCAUCAAAAGUGCCAGCGAUAAGUCUAUCAUAGAUUGCGGUAAGGAUUUGGAUACAUCUAAUCAUUGUAGCAGUAGUUUACCAAUUACCCUAGACUCCAUCUUAGAGAAAGGUAGCCGAGCGGAACCUGUAAAGAGAAACAAACGCGACGAAGCUACUCCAAUUAUUUCUGGUGGUGUCAGCACCUCGGAUUAUUCAAAGCCCUCGGACAGUCCUACAGUGCGACGCAAAACGGAAUCCACGCCAAUUGUGUCAGGUGGCUCAGUGAUUAUGAACAAGCCUGAAAUUAAAGUCAAGUCCUCCAGAAUGUCUUCCUCCAUGACUGCUUGGGUAGUCGAUAUGAGUGAUUGUAAGGAGGAAUCCAAAUCUCGGAACAACUCACGGAGCAUGUCGCAAAGCUUUUCCACUUCGGAAAAUGUCAGAAGACCUAUGCACAAGUCGAGCAAUCAUGAAAAACAUGGUAGUUUAGGUUUUUUUGUUAACCUGAAGGAUAUGAACGAUGUUGAACCCAUCAAGCGUGAUCACUUACUUGAGAGGAAGGAACAUAGAGAUAGUAACGGCAAACCUUAUUGUGAAUUUUACAUAGAUAUCUCUGAAAAGAAUAAUGGUGAUAAAAUCAAGCCAUUCGUUAAAUCAGACAUGAGCGUGAAAAACGAUGUUUCUAACGAAAGUGAGAAGAAAAACAUCUUCUCGAUGUUUAUCGACCUGAAUGAUAUGCGUGAGACCGAUACGCGAGACGUAGCUCCGACGCAUAGACGAAGCUUUUCAAUGGCACCUAAUAAAUUAACGGAUAUUAAGACGGAUGAUAGUAGCUCCAAAGAUAACAGUAGUGCCGCGGGAGAUAAUCAGUUGCCGCAAGAACAAAAGAAAGAAAAAACAAAGCCUAGCGUUUUCAUGUUCAUAGAAUCCGAUUCUCCUGUUGUGAGAAGACGGACACUGUCUACUUCACGACCGACGUUCAAACGACAUUCAUGGAAUGUAGAUAAGACACAAUCGGUGAACAGUAGUAAUGGCUGCGUGGCGAAAGAGCUUAUGUUUAGACGGGAACACAAACGUGCACAUAGCGUAUCGAUAGAUAGUCGCGGUAUCUUAAGACAAUCCCAGGCAAAGACAAGCUCGUCCAGUCAUUCACUGAGCGACGCAGCUAAAGCGGAUUCUUACAAUCAUAAAAAUUUCAAGACGUUACAAGAGCAUGAGAAUAACUCGAAUAAUAUGGACACAUCGUCUGAGGAUGUAUUUGAGUUUGACGUAAGGGAUACUCCGCCAAACUCUCACGUGGAAAUCGAGAAUGAAGAGCUGCGUAUUAGCGUGAAUCAUCACGAAUACAAGGAAAUAACUUCCGAUCAGGUGGAGAAUUUGGAAAGCAAUGAGACGAAGGCAUACGAGGACGAGUUCUCGGAGACCUCCGCUUGGGAAAAGACAUGUACAGAGAGCACUGAAGGUCACACUCGUAAAAGUGAGACAUUUGAUAUUAGUAGCGGCAGCGGACCUUCCCCGGAUAGUGACAACCAUUAUUAUGGAUUAACCGAUUUGCUGAAUUCGAAUGUUAAUGACAGAUCGCAACUAGUCGCUGCAGGAAACAACACUAAGAUAUCAGAAACUCGUAAAUCAUUAAGCGAAACAAUAAAGAAAAUUGAGUGCGAAUUGAAGGAGCCGGAAUAUAACGACAUUAAACAGACAUACGAUUGUCGUUCGUCAAAGAAAACCGGAAAGAUGCCCGAUCGUAAUUUAAAGAAUUUGCAUUCAGAUUCUGACAAGACGAGUACUUUCAGUUUCGUACGUUUGUCAGAUUUGGAUAAAACGCCAACUGUCAGUCAUGCACCGGAUAUUUUAAUGGUGAAGGAUGACAGAAGUACGUAUCGAAUGAGCAGCAGUAUUCCAGAAACAUCGUGGAUAGAGAGCAAGCUAGUGAUGACGAGAAACAGUGGUUCUGCAGCCAAGCCAGUCUCCAGGAAACUCGCUUCUGUUAUGAGCACGUCGCUUCCAUCCAAGCAGAAGUCUCCACUGGAGGAUUUGACUGGUGAUUGUGAAGCGGAAGGAAUUAUUUCUGAAUCUGAUCUCAGCAGUAUGCAAAGUAGCAUGGGACGUUCCGGAGCGGAAGGUAGCACGGAGGAAACUGAAACAUCAAGUAUAGCUGGUGCAAAGCCACACAAUAGACUGGGAGAGGAUUUAUUAAGGAUGUUUUUAGAAGAAAUCAAUCCUGAUGUUACAAUAGACGUGGCCGGUCGACGUAUAAGAGCACAUAAAUGUAUAUUAAGCUCUCGUUGCCAAUAUUUUGCUGCAAUUUUAAGCGGCGGAUGGAUCGAAAGUGCAGGCAAUGUUAUUUCUCUACAAGGAUAUUCUUACAAUGCAGUUCAUUUUGCAUUGUGUCAUAUCUACAGUGGAGAAAGUAAUAUACCAGAUUCUAUAAGUAUCGUUGAAUUAGCAACAUUAGCUGAUAUGUUGUGUUUGGAAGGUCUCAAGGAAGUUAUAGGAUAUACGCUUAAACUUAAAUAUUGUCAUUUGUUUCAUAAGCCAUGCCAGAUAUGUGCUGUUGGAGUGUUAGAAUGUAUGCCAUUAGCAGCAGCGUAUGGUCUAGACGAAGUGUAUCGAAGAUCACUUAGAUGGAUUACGAAGCACUUUGUACGAAUAUGGCCAUGCAAAGCAUUUGCGACUCUUCCUAGAGAACUUAUGGAAAAAUGUUAUCAUCAGCAUAUAGUACACAUGUCUACCGACAAUGUGCUUCAAACUAUGAUGGACUGCGAUAAGUUAUUGGCAACCUUACCAAACGUGCGAUGGGCAGAGCCAGUAUUUCGGAUGGUAUCGAACCUAUUAGAGACAUCAGUAAAAUUUCUAUCGGAAAAUUUUGCGGGUGUCUUAGGAAAUGAAAAUUUUCAAUCGCUUGGUCGCGAAUCAACGUGGAAUAUCAGUCGUUUAGAAGAUCAUUUUUUAACAGCCGUCGAACAAUUGCCGCCCGAGCAAGCGUGCAAAAGUUAUUCGAAACUAAAUAAAAUGUUACUCGCGUCACAGACAGACGAUCUUCAAGGUAGAAUCAAACCGGGACCGUUGUUCAUCGAUUUCCUGCAUAAGCUUCAAGGUCGCGUGGAAAAAUGUUUGGUGCGCGAUGCCACACGUGCUGCGAGAACUACUACGUGGUUGAAAAUGGAUCUGGAACUUCGCAGGAGAAUACAAGAGCUAGCUUGUCUCGUAAUCUUGCCUCACGAGACUUCCAAGCGUUUAUCCAGACAUUCAAACUUUUUAAAAGAAUCUCGCGCGCCGCCUAAUCGCUCAAUGAUAAGCCGUAACUUAGAUUUAAAACGUGUAAAAAUGGCGAUUUCUGAGCACAACGACAAAACCUUAAAGCAAACACCAUCAUCCAAGCAAACAAAGAAAGUUUUGUACAAGCCAAAAACAGAUCCACUUGAGCGUAAAAUGCAAGAAGAUAAACAAGUUACCUCUGAAACCAUUAGGCCAAAAUCGUGGCCUAACAAAAUAGAGGUAAAAUCAAGAUAUCUCGAACCAAGAAGUAAACCUAUUCCAAAGGAGAAUGUAUCUGUGCAUCAUGACAAAAUUGUACAACAGCGGCGCAAAAUUAUGAUUUCUUCGUCUGAUUCGUCGCGCACUUCCAGCCCGGCAAUGAAACGUGCGACGGAUAAAAAGCCACUAUCAAAAAUGAAGUUACCAGUCAAAAAAGAUGUAAAAGCUCUCUCAUCCGAUAGUUUAACGGAGGCAAAUGCAAAUGCAGGUCGGACUGGCAAUAAGAAGGAUUUGAUUAGUAAAAGUUGCGCUAUCACAAGACCCGAAUCGCCUUCUUUUAAACAAAAAAGCACUGAAAUAGGUUUAUCGAUCGAUUCUUUAGAAACCAAAAGUAAGCCGGUUACUAUCAAAAAGAAAAUUAACAAGAUGGAUACAUCUAUGUCCACCGACAGUCUCAUGACGGAGAUAACAACUACUCCAAAGUCCAAUGUAUCCAAUAAAUUAUCACCUAUUUUGGCGAAAGCGAGCAAAACGCAAACGUAUGAUAGCAGGAUGAAAAAAAGCUCGCCGCCAACGCAACAGAGAAGUCCAUUAACGAUCGCUAAAAGAUCUCCGAGAUCAUUGGAAAGUUCUACCGCUGCUAGUCGCAGUAGAGCCGCUGCUAUCAGUAGCACAUAUCAUGGUUCACCGAAUUUACGCAGAAGUUUACUGGAUGCUGCAAGGACACCAGACGUCCUUAGUAAACCGGUUAACACGGUAGCUCCUUUCAAAACGCGACAGAUCACGCAGGCAAAUGUUCCUCCUAAUACGAGAAGAGAAAAAAAAGAGAUUCAAAAUUCACAGAGUUCUGAUAGCCCUAGUAAGAAAUCCUCUCCAAAGUCUAGCAUUGGCAAUAAGAUGAUCAAAUCAGUUAUUACUAGCAAGAGAAUUGUCAGUAAAGUCGACGACAAGAUUAAAAAGUGCCAUAAUGUUGAGAUACAAAAACAACCUACAGUAGGUUCGAGAUCUGGCACGUUUCUUAAAGAUGAACCUACGAUACUUAAGAAAGUGGACAUUAAAUCGUCGCAAAUUAAUACUUAAUGCUAUUAAUAAUUCUAUCGAUAGAAUAUGCAUUGUCGAUGCAAUAUUCGUUUCUGUCUGCUGAUAUUAUACCUUAAUCAUUUUAUAACAUUAAAAAAAA